UGUUUUGCAAGACGAGCAAAAAGUUUUAAUAAAUUUUAACUUGAUAUACGUGCGAGGUCUUGCAAUACGAGUACCUGUAGUACGUAUACGCUGCUUUGUCUGCCGAGCGUCACGUGAUCACUACUGAGCCGAUGGUUCUUCUCCCACAUGCUCGGUCUCAGUCAGCGUGCUUAACUUGUAUAGUCAACAUCCGUGUGAGCGUAUUCUGUUUACUAUAGUGUUGUAACUGUUGUGACUGUGUAGUAACUGUACUGCGACAAUGACCCCCAUGAAGAAGGCGAUGGCGAUAAGAAAAAGGAGAUGAUUACGGUGGAAGUUAAGGAAAUCAUCGAGAAGCACAAACGAGGUAUGCGAGUAGCUGAGUUGCGAGUAGUCAGUUGUCGAUGAAAUUGUGUUCUUGGGACUGGAGGUGAAUGAAGACGACAUUCAAGAGCUGGUGGAGGAACAUGGCCAGGAGCUGACCACCGACGAACUGAUGGAUCUGCAUCACGAGCAACAGCUAGAGGUUAUGGAGGAGGAGGAGGAGAAAAAGGCGGAGAAAUCCCUCACUUCAAAUGAGAUUAGGGAGGUUUCUUAUAGCCCAAAGCAAAAAUGGCCACUUCCAGUUCAAAGCUGAAUACAGCUGUGACACAGUGGUACAUGGACCUGCCACAGGGAGACAAAGUGCAGGCCAUGUACAUCUGGAUUGAUGGGACCGGAGAGGGACUCCGAUGCAAGACCAGGACUCUGGACUCGGAACCCAAGACUAUUGAAGAUCUCCCAGAGUGGAAUUUUGGUGGCACCAGUAUAUUCCCGGUUGAGAGGUCGAACAGUGACAUGUACCUCAUACCAAAGGCUAUCUUUAGAGACCCAUUCAGGAAGGACCCCAACAAGCUGGUUCUUUGUGAGGUUCUCAAAUACAACAGGAAACCUGCAGUAACUAAUCUUCGUCAGAUGUGUGACAAGAUCAUGAGCAUGGUGGAGGACCAGCAUCCAUGGUUUGGAAUGGAGCAGAAGUACACACUUCUUGCUAUAGAUGGUCAUCCAUUUCGCGGGCCCUCAAAUGGUUUCCCAGGACCACAAGGUCCUUAUUACUGUGGUGUGGGAGCAGAUAAGGCCUGUGGCAGGGACAUUGUUGAGGCUCAUUAUAGAGCCUGUCUGUAUGCUGGGGUUAUGAUUUGUGGCACCAAUGCAGAAGUCAUGCCUGUCCAGUGGGAAUUUCAAGUCUGUCCUUGUGAAGGCAUCAGCAUGGGAGAUCACCUGUGGAUAGCUCGUUUUAUCCUGCACAGGGUGUGUGAAGGCUUUGGUGUUGUGGCCUCCUUUGACCCCAAACUCAUUACAGGCAACUGGAAUGGUGCUGGCUGCCAUACAAACUUCAGUACGAAAAACAUGCGGGAGGAGGGAGGCCUCAGGCAUGUUGAGGAGGCUAUUGAGCGGCUGGGCAAGAGGCACCACUACCACAUUCGUGCCUACGACCCAAAAGGGGGGCUUGACAACGUCAGACGUCUCACUGGCCAUCAUGAGACCUCCAACAUCAAUGAGUUCUCUGAAGGCUAUUUUGAGGAUCGCCGUCCCUCAGCUAACUGCGACCCAUAUGCUGUGACUGAAGCAAUCAUUCGCACAUGUCUACUUAAUGAGGAUGAAGAGCCCACAGUGUACAAAUGAACUGCAAAGAACUCCCACGUGCCUUCUUUAAAAUAAGUGCUUUGGGGAAGCUUAUCCAGGAAACUUAUUGGCUUUCCUCCUCCC